AUGAAGCUCAGGAAGAUAUAUCUCACCGCCGUGACCAUUCGGUCGACUGUCUCGAAGUUUAUUGUUCCUGGAGGCAAGUGGCUGGACACCGAAGGCCACUUUGUCAACGCACAUGCAGGUGGUAUCACUGCCAAUCAAGACGAUGGCAAAUUGUACUGGUUUGGCGAGCACAAAACUGAGGACGCACCUGAAGGCGGUGGCAUCUCAGUUUACAGUUCAGAAGAUCUUGGAACAUGGGAAUACCACGGCCUCGCGUUAGAACCCAUCGAAGGUCAUCCAUACAUCGGCCCGGAGCAUAUCAUUCAACGACCAAAAGUGGUCUGGAGCGAGCUCACGAGAGAGUAUCACAUGUGGUGGCACGCCGAUAACAGCACAUACGGUUGGCUUUUGCAAGGACUUGCAACUUCGCCAAAUAUCACUGGACCAUAUACUUUCGUCGAUGCCACAGCGCCUCUUGGAAAUUGGUCACAAGACUUUGGUAUCUUUACUGAUUAUAAGGACGGGAAGUCGUAUGCAUUAUACUCGAAUGGCGAUCGAGUGGAAGGGCGAGAUAUUUACUUAACCAGCUUCAAUGAUCAUGUAUCCGCGCUGGAUUCUGUCAUCCAUCGAUUCGACAAGUAUGAUCUUGAAGCUCCAACAAUCAUACAGACGGAGAAGAGCUAUUAUGCUCUGAUGAGCCAUAAGACUGGAUAUCGACCAAACAACGUCGUAGCCUUCCGCGCCGACUCCCUAGCAGGUCCCUGGUCCCAACCAUUCUUCGUAGCACCGCUCAACACCCGCACCUUCAACUCCCAAUCCGGCUUUUCCCUCCGCAUCAACGGCACUAAGCAAACCACAUACCUCUACCUAGGUGACCAAUGGGACUCCCGCUCUGUUUGGGAAAGCCGCUAUAUCUGGCUUCCUGUUUCCAUCGAUGACGACAAGAAAGAUCUCAAACUCCUUUGGCACGACGUCUAUGAUCUUGAUGUCAAGACUGGAGAGUGGGCGCCCGUGGAAGGUCGGACUUACUUUGCCAAUGAAGCUCAAAUCUCCGGAAAUGCGUUCAAACAAGAAGCGAAUUUCGCAAGCAAUGGCUCGAUCGUCACUGGAAUUUAUGGUAACGACAGCACUGUCACAUUUUCUGGGAUUGAGGGAAGUGGUAAGCCUCAAUGGAUAUCUUUCUAUUACCAGAAUACCGAUGACAUGGGAUUCGGUGAUCAGCCCGGUGGGACGCCGGAUCGCAUCGGUGGGACUUGGGUUUUAAGAAGGAUUAGUAGUGUUGUGGUUAAUAGUGAUGUGGAAAAUUUCCAUGAAUUGAGGCAGAGGGACACGCACAAGAGUAUCAUUUUGAGUACGCCUUUGCUUUUGACGUUGAACGAAGGCAAGGAGAAUACGAUUACGGUUGGUGGAUUGUGGAAUGGGAAUGACACGAAGGGUGCGGAUCUGGAUCGUAUUGUGGUUUAUCCUAGUGAGCACUGA